CUUCCAUUCAUUGUUGUAAAACAUGGCGGCAACUACUGCAGAGUACGGGUCUUGGAGGAGCCCGAUAACAAGCGAUGUUGUGAUAAAGGAAUCGAUUUCUGUGAUGGACGUCAGCAUAGAUCCGUUGCAAGAAGAUAAAGUGUUCUGGUCUGAGAUGCGACCUGAGGAAGAUGGAAGAUAUGUUGUAUGCAGUUGGAGUGAGGGAGAAAAAGGGUUCCAGACUCUUACUCCGGACAACUUCAACAGCCGAACACUUGUCCAUGAAUAUGGAGGGGGUGCAUUCUUUGUAAACAGGUACCGUAUCUACUUUUCCAACUUCAAAGAUCAAAGGAUGUACUGCCAGAAGCUCAAGAAGUCAGGGACUCCACCAGUUCCUUUGACCCCGAAGGAUAAAGAUUGGAGAUAUGCAGAUGGUACCCUUUUUAAAAAGCACAUUAUUGUGUGUGUGCGAGAAGAUCACGAGGUUCUCAGUGAGGGAGCAACUGAGGCUCAAAACUCCCUUGUUGCUAUCAAUCGUAAAAAGAAGGAACAGUUUGUUUUGGUGUCAGGAGCGAACUUUUAUUCGACACCAAGAGUAUCCAAGAAUGGCACUUUGGCUUGGGUACAAUGGGACCACCCUAACAUGCCAUGGGAUAGCACAGAGCUCUGGCUGGCAGAGUUUGCACCAAAUGGACAUUCAUUGUUGGAGGAAACAAAACGAAAGGUGUCAGGAGGUGAAGGCAUUAGUGUUAUGCUUCCUAAGUGGUCUCCAGAUGACAACCUGCUUUAUAUUAAUGACAAAACAAACUGGUGGAAUCUGUAUCAAUUGGAUGAUGACAACAAAGAGACCAGCUUGUGCCCUCAGUCCAAAGAGAUUGGCCAACCAGCGUGGACGUUUGGAGGAAGUCCUUACUCAUGUAACCCAAAUGGCAAUGGGGACAUAUUGGUUAUUCAUGGCUCGACCAUUGCAUGCCUGAAACCUUCAGGCGAACAAGGCAAAAUUAAGCUAGAUGUGGAUUACAAGGUUUUCUCCAAGAUGCACUACUCUCCUAAUGGGAAAUGCGUAUUUGUAGUAGCUGGCAGUCCAAGCAUGUUUACAAAGCUCAUAAAAGUGGAUGUCAAAUCUGGAACAACCGCUGUCAUACGUGCAACUCAAAGUACUGAUAUAGAUAUUGCUUACUUUAGUAUUCCUAAGGAGAUAACAUGGGAUACAACAGAUGAUGCUAAGGCUUAUGGAUAUUACUACCCUCCUCAGAACAAAGAUUAUGAAGGUCCAGAAGGUGAGAAGCCUCCACUGUUAGUCAAGGUUCAUGGUGGCCCCACAAGUGCUUGUUCACCAACCCUGGACCUUAAAAAACAGUUCUUUACUUCCCGGGGAGUUGCUGUGCUCGAUGUCAACUACCGUGGCAGCACAGGUUAUGGCAGAGAGUACCGAGAUUCUCUCAAGACUAAGUGGGGCAUUGCAGACAUUGAAGACUGUUGCAGUGGGGCUCAGUUCCUGGCUGAUGAAGGCAAAGCUGAUUCUGGUAAGCUGCUGAUCGACGGUGGUUCUGCCGGUGGUUUUGCUGCAUUAGCUGCUUUGACGUUCCAUAAGGUGUUUAGUGCAGGUACCAGUUUCUACGGAGUCUCCGACCUUGAGGCCCUAGCAAAGGACACUCACAAGUUUGAGAGUCGUUAUCUGGAUACUCUGAUUGGUCCAUAUCCUGAGGAUAAAAAAAUUUAUGAGGAGAGGUCACCGAUACAUUACACUGAGCAACUUGACUGUGCUUUGUGUAUCUUUCAGGGAUCAGAAGACAAGGUUGUUCCUCCAGACCAGUCAUUGAAGAUGUAUGAGGAAGCCAAAAAGAAAGGACAUCCAGUGGCAUACAAAGAAUUUGAAGGUGAACAGCAUGGUUUUCGCCAAGCAAAGAACAUCAAAUUCUCUUUGGAUGGAGAAUUUUAUUUCUACUCCCGUGUGUUUGACUUUGAUGCACCUGACAUUGAUGUGGAUCUUGUCAUUGAAAACUUGCCUGAGGAAGGAAAUUAGUUGACCAGGCCUGCUGGUUUGUAUCAGUUAGAAUAGGUUAGAAUGCUACAGAUAAGUUGUCACAGUGAACUGGAGUAUUUGAAUGUGUACAAAAGUAGACUGUUCUAAACUAAAGGUGAAGUAGACUUUCCAUGUGGAUCCUGUAUGUUUGUAUUGCUUUGAAUACUGAAUUGAGAUCAGGUUCUACUUAGAAUAGAUUUAUUAAUCCAGUGUAAAAAGUAAAAAACUGUAAGUUUGUACAAGUAAACAGUCAAACAUUCAUUCUUCACUGUUCUUACAUCUAUUCAAUAAAAGCUGAAAAUGUUCAUUGUA